UAUAUGUGCCAGUUUUAUGACUCAAGUCACUCAGUUUUCUGUUCACCGUGGCAGAGUGCGAGUCAGUGCUGCGAACCAAUAUCCAAACACGUGCUUUUUCAUCGCGAGAACUACUACUGCCGAUAGGAUUGACUUCCACUUCAAGGCUACUUCUAAGGAUUAGUUUUAUUGACCACUGAAGGACGCCAAAAUGGGAGAACGCAGGGGAACGAAAGGCCUGGAGCUGUGGUGCCGGCGUAUGACCGAAGGCUAUCCCGGAGUCAAUGUGACCAACAUGACCACCUCGUGGCGGGACGGACUCGCCUUCUGUGCCAUAAUCCACCACUUCCGGCCGGAUUUGAUCGAAUUUUCCAAGCUGAACAAAGACGAUAUUUACCACAACAACGAGCUGGCUUUUCGCAUUGCGGAGCGCCAUUUGGGCAUCCCCGCAUUGCUGGAGCCUGAAGAUAUGGUCGAAUGUUCCGUCCCGGACCGUCUCUCCAUCCUCACCUACCUCUCACAGUUCUACCAGACGUUCGUUGUUGGACAAGGCAAAUCACCGGCAAGACUGGCUUCAAAAAGACCGGCGACCUCUCCAGACCACGGCCUGGUGUCCCCAGCUUCCACGAGUCCUCCCACAAAGGUGGCAUUUGCAGGCGCAGGCAAAGUCCGUCGCGAGCCUUGCGCGAAAUGCGGCCUUCCAGUCUUUAUCGCCGAACGUUUGAACGUAGGAAAACUGCUCUAUCACCGCACGUGUUUUCGCUGCGCCCGCUGCAGCAGUCAGCUCACCCUGGCCAACUACUACGAGACGGAGAACAGCGACUUCUGCUGCGAGACGUGUCCGGACGAGGAGAGCCAGGUGCUGAGCCGGUCGCUGAGCGACGAGGAAAAAUCCGCCACGUUGAAGAAAAGCGAAGACGAGUACAGUACCAGGUUCGAAACGGCGCUGGAGUUCCCCGAGCGGAGCUCCAGUCUGAAGUACAGCAAGGCGCGUUCGUGCUUCAUCAACAGCCAAGUCGACGGGCUUGACAGCGACUCGGGCCAUGAGGACGAACCGCCCGACUUGCCCAAGACUAGGCCUCCCGAGCGCGCGGCUGAAGACUCGUUCGGUGACAGUGGUUUUCCCAGCGGACUGAAGACUAAUGUAAAUACUGAAGUUAGUGUUAGUGUAGGUAGUACCAGUAGGACACUGGAAGAAUCUCACGAUAUUGUUACCAAAGAUACGAUAUCUGCAGAGGGCGACACAAGUUCUUUGGUUAAAGCUCGAAUGCGGUUAUUUGAAUCCAAGUCUGAUGCAUCUAACGAAACGCAAAGUGUCAAUAAUCAAGUGCCUUUACGGACAAGUAGUGCAAGUGUAGAAGUCGGCGAUUCCGAGCAUAGCUUCAAGGACAGUACUUUAGAUAAGGACUCCAUCAUCACCAUUUCCGACUCUAGUAGGACCAACACCGGUGAAGAAACCACUAGCGAGUUGAAGGUAACAGAUGACUCGGUGAUCACGGUCUCGGACAGUGCGGAAGAAAGUCACUCAAAAAUUGAAGAACAAGAGACACUUGCAAGAGAAAAACCAAACGAAGAUGAAUAUCCUGACGACCUGAAUCCCUUCGGCGACGCCGAUGACGACGUGAAAGUUCCCCUAAACCCGUUCGAAGACGAUGAAGACGAUCUCCCGCCUCCGAGCCCCAAACCGGCCGCUCGACGGAAGAUCAAGCCGUCCGCCAGCAGCGUUAACAUGACGCCGCUUUACGUCGAACGCAAGAGCGUGAACCCGUUCGAAGAGCAGGACGGGGAGGAGAAAGCCGUCCCGCAGCCCUUGCAAAGAAAGCUGGUGCCGGCCCCGAAAAUCAGCCUAAAUCCGUUCUGGAGCGACGACGAAGAGGCGGCCACGCCAGUGCCAAAGCCGCGAUUUUCCAAGUCUUCAAGUGGCGGCCAGCCCGAGUCGAUAAGUAGUUCGGCUUCGGGGUCGUCGAGUUCGCAGUUGGGAUUAGCAACGAAGAAGAAAAAAGCGGCGCCGAAACCGCCGAUGGUGGGCGGGAGUGAAUCGGGACAGAGUUCCUUAACGUCGAGUCCUUGCCAUAGUGUGACGCAGUCACCGAGAGGUACGCCCAAAGUGAGGAAGGCGAAAAAGGCGCCGCUGCCACCAACAACUUCGACUCCCGUAGGUGGGUCUUCAGCACGGCCGGAGGCGCUGGAGGAGGAUUUUGAACAGGAAAAGAGUGUCAAGGAUGAGCAAAAUAGAAAUAGGCAAAGCCAGAAUUUAACGUUGCAAAGUCCCAGCUCGAGUGAGAAUUCUUCAAGUUUGAGCGCCCCAAAUAAGAGUACUUACGGCAAAUGGAAGCGGCGGAAAGGGCAGGCGCCCUCGCGGCCAAUCCCGCAAAGACGCACCAUCAAAUCAAUCCCAAUGAACGAAGUUAGACAAGAAUUGGAAAUAAUUGAAAUCCAGCAGCAAGGUUUGGAGAAACAGGGGGUGCGUUUGGAACAAAUAAUCCGAGAGAAGUGCGAAGCACCCGGUGUUAAUCCAGAUGAUUCUCUGGCGCCUGAAAUUGAAGAUAUGGUUUUGCAGUUGUUUGAAUUAGUCAACGAAAAGAACGAGUUAUUUAGGAGACAGGCGGAACUCAUGUACUUGCGAAGACAACAAAAAUUGGAGGAGGAGCAUGCGGAUAUUGAGUAUCAAAUUAGGUGUCUGAUGUUGCAACCGGAAGCGAAUAAGACCGAUUCGGAUAAAGCGCGAGAGGAAGAACUGAUAAACCGAUUAGUGGAGAUAGUUGAGAGGCGCAAUGAAAUAAUCGAAUGUCUUGAGAUGGAUCGGGUUAGAGAAGCGGAAGAGGACGACAGUAUCAAUAACCAGUUAAAUUUGUACAACUUAAAGAAAGAGGAGUGUGUGGAGAGGACAAAGGAGAAGAAAGAGAAAAAGAAACACAAAAAGGAAAAGAAAUUUAAACUAAAGGGGGCCAAAAUCGACGCCGAUAAAGACAUCGAUGAGUCUGAGGGUUCGACGUCGUCAGUUAAAGAUAAAAAGAAGAAGAAGUUUAAUAUCUUCUGAGUGCUUAUUUAUUGAUAUUGUUAUGUAAGCUGUGCUUCAAUACAUUAUGUUACAGAUUACGGUGAAAUAUUUUUUACUUUUCGUUAGUGUCAUUUGUGAUUUUUUACGUAUUAUUACUCAAUAAUAAAAUUAUUUUCACUGA